CACACACUGCAAGGUUUAGGUCUGGCCCUUGAAGAGGAGGAGCAGUUCUUACAGUGAGUGAGUGAGUGUGUGUGUGUGUGUGUGUGUGUGUCACAGAAGAGCUGGGGGAAUUUCACACACACACAGAGGCAUGGAGCUGCAUUCACUUCAGCAGGACAACACAAACUCAACACUCAGAAGCAACAAGUCACUAAAAAUGAUCUAAAGGACAAACCGCGGUUUAUGCUGGAGUUCGGGAAAGGGAAAACCAGGAAAUAACCAAAAGCAGUUUAUCUUUUUUUUUUUUUUUUUACACUUGAAUUCCACGUAAUAAAUGUACGUGAAUUUCAGAUAUAUGACCUGAGAAUGAGUUGUAAUUUAACUUAAAGCCGUCUGUACUCUGCUGCGUUCAACUGCUCCAUUGUUUUGUUUGAAGUUUGUUGGAGUUGCCGUGGUUUUUUUUUGUUGUUUGUUUGUUUUUACAAAAACAAAGUGUAUUAUGGCCGAACACGAAAGUUUGGAGUUUGGAAAGGCGGAUUUUGUUCUUCUGGACAAUGUCUCUUUGGAAGAGUUUCUGGCCAACCUUAAGCUCAGGUUUGAAAAGGGUCGCAUUUACAGCUACAUUGGUGAGGUGGUGGUUUCGGUGAACCCUUACCGUGCCAUGAACAUCUAUGGACGGGACAUGGUGGAGCAGUACAAGGGUCGAGAGCUGUAUGAGCGCCCGCCUCAUCUCUUCGCCAUAGCUGAUGCCGCAUACAAAGCCAUGAAAAGACGAAAUAAAGACACCUGUAUUGUUAUCUCAGGGGAGAGUGGUGCCGGAAAAACUGAAGCCAGUAAAUACAUAAUGCAAUAUAUUGCUGCUAUUACAAAUCCUAGCCAAAGAGCAGAGGUGGAGAGGGUGAAAAACAUGCUGCUGAAAUCCAACUGUGUCCUGGAGGCUUUUGGAAAUGCCAAGACCAACCGCAAUGAUAAUUCUAGCCGUUUCGGAAAAUAUAUGGAUAUCAACUUUGACUUUAAGGGAGACCCCAUCGGUGGACAUAUCAGUAAUUACCUGUUAGAGAAGUCUAGAGUGAUCUUUCAGCAAGAAGGAGAAAGAAGUUUUCACUCCUUCUACCAGCUUGUGAAAGGAGCUCCAGAGUCUCUUCUGCGAUCUCUGCACAUCCAGAAAGACCCUAUAGCAUAUAAUUACAUUAAAGUUGGCGGACAUACUAAGUCCUGUAUCAAUGACGGUGCGGAUUUCAAAGCCGUAGCAGAUGCCAUGAAGGUGAUUGGAUUCACCACAGAAGAGAUCCAUACUGUCUACAAGAUUCUUGCUACCAUCCUGCAUCUGGGCAAUCUAAAGUUUGGAAGUGACGGUGAUGUGACACUGAUUGAGAACUCUGGCUUAGUGGUUGUGCUUGCUGAUUUGCUAUCCACUAAAGAGGACAACGUGCUUAAGGCACUGCUCUACCGCACCGUGUCAACUGGCCGUGAUGUCAUUGACAAACAACACACAGAUCAAGAGGCCAGUUAUGGCAGGGAUGCUCUGGCAAAGGCCAUUUAUGAACGCCUCUUCUGCUGGAUUGUGGGAAGAAUUAACGACAUUAUUGAAGUGAAGAACUAUGAUGCCAGAAUCCAUGGGAAGAACACAGUGAUUGGUGUGUUGGACAUCUAUGGCUUUGAGAUCUUUCAGAACAACAGUUUUGAGCAGUUCUGUAUCAAUUACUGCAAUGAAAAACUCCAGCAGCUUUUUAUUCAGCUGGUGCUCAAGCAAGAGCAGGAAGAGUACCAACGAGAAGGCAUCCCAUGGAAACAUAUUGAUUACUUCAAUAAUCAGAUCAUUGUGGAUUUAGUAGAACAGCAGCAUAAGGGGAUCUUUUCCGUGCUGGACGAGGCAUGCAUGAAUGUUGGGAAGGUGACUGAUGAGCUGUUCCUACAAGCGCUCAAUGGCAAACUGGCCAAGCACGCCCAUUACACCAGCCGAAAGCUCUCUCCCACAGACAAGAGCCUAGAGUUUGACCGAGACUUUCGCAUUCGCCACUAUGCUGGAGACGUGGUCUACUCCGUGGUGGGCUUCAUUGACAAGAACAAGGAUACCCUUUUUCAGGACUUCAAGAGGCUGUUGUACAACAGCUCGAAUCCUGUUCUGAAGGUCAUGUGGCCUGAAGGGAAGUUGAGCAUCACCGAGGUCACCAAGCGCCCUCUUACUGCAGCCACACUCUUUAAGAGCUCAAUGAUUUCACUGGUGGAGAAAUUGGCCUCCAAGGAGCCGUACUAUGUGCGCUGCAUCAAACCCAAUGACGUGAAGUCCCCACUGCUGUUUGAGUAUGAACGUUGUAAGCACCAGGUAGAAUACUUGGGCCUGCUGGAGAAUGUCCGUGUGCGUCGUGCUGGCUUUGCUAACCGUCAAACAUACCCUCGCUUCUUGCAGAGGUAUAAGAUGAUUUCUGAGUUCACUUGGCCGAACCAUGACCUUCCCUCAGAUAAGGAGGCAGUGAAACGUCUGUUGCAGGGAUGUGGCUUUGAACACGAUGUGGCCUAUGGCAAGACCAAGGUGUUCAUUCGUACACCACGCACCAUCUUCAGCCUGGAGGAGCAAAGAGCCCAAAUGGUGCAGAGAAUUGUCCUCUUUCUACAGAAGGUAUGGCGUGGCACUAUUGCUAGGAUGCGUUACCGUCGCAUGCGGGCUGCUCUUAUCAUUCUUCGUGCUUACCAGCGUUACAAGGUCAAGUCCUAUAUCCGAGAGGUGAAUCGACGCUUCCAAAACGUACGCACCAUGAAGGACCAUGGGAAGCACGUGAAGUGGCCCACACCACCCAAAGUACUGCGUAGGUUCGAGGAAGCACUAAGAAACAUCUACAACAGGUGGUGGGCCUGGACCCUAAUUAAAAACUUGUCCGCAGAAGAUAUGCAACAGAUCAAGGCUAAAGUGGCAACGCUGGAGUGCCUUAAGGGUCAAAGGGCAGACCUCAGUCUGCAGAGAGCCUGGGAGGGCAAUUACCUGAAGCGGGAUAGUCCUGAAAUGGCAUCUUCCUUCACCUUGGUGUCCAGUGAACUGCAGAGGAAAGAUAAGUUCAUGAGAGUUCUUUUCUCCUGCAACGUUCGCAAGAUUAACCGUUUCAAUAAGGCAGAGAACCGGGCAGUGCUAAUCACUGAUCGUCACCUCUACAAGAUGGACCCAUUGAAACAGUACAAGCCCAUGAAGAGCAUCCCACUGUACAACGUGACUGGCGUGAGUGUGUCUCCAGGGAAGGACCAGCUGGUGGUCUUCCAUACCAAGGACAACCGGGACCUGAUCGUGUGCCUGCAGGGCAUGAUGCCAGCAGGCGAGAGCCGCAUCGGAGAGCUGGUUGGCACCCUGCUUAGCCAUUUCAAAAGUGAGAGGAGGAAGCUCCAAGUGAAUAUUAUAAACCCCAUUCAGUGCAGUAUGAAUGGUCGAAAGUGUACCAUUGUGGUGGAGCCCAAGAUCAACCAAUCACAACCUGACUUCACCAAGAGCCGAUCAGGCUACAUACUUGCAGUGCCAGGCAACUAAACAACCACUGCUGUUAACAAGUCCAGAAUUUGAUAGAGAAGGAGGUGUCUCUAUCAUCACACGUCUACAGAGUAAACACUAUGCCCCUGAAUUUCACAUUUCCACUCAGUAUAAUAAUGAAACACAGGAUGAAUGAUUAAAAAAACAUUCCUAAAUAACUGCAUACACCUCCCUCGAGAAGUGCAUCAGUAAGAUCAGUGAUGUCAUUUUAGUAGAUUUAUUUAUUUGCACUUUCAGCCAAAUGAUGGGAAAAAACACACAUGCCAUAUUUGUAAAAAGUGCAAAAUACAAGCCUUAGGCAUAUGCAAGUAAUAUUUUGACAUGCUGGAAAGAGUUUUUUUUUGUUUUUUUUUUAUGUUUAAAGAGAAUAUUUCACACCAGUGUGACUAGAAUAUAGCUAUAUGUAUAUCACAGAUCAUAGUGGCCAUAUGGGAAAUAAUUUAGACUUGUUUAGCAUAGGUUUCGUUGUAGGGUGUGUUGAGCAUAUCCAGAAACGUGCUGAGUGCUCAGAGAGGAGCAUUAAAAUCUCUCAUAAAUUAACUACAUGUCAUGCAUAUUUGUGCAAAUGUUGUAUGUGGAUGUAAAAGAGGAGAUAGUGAACUACAGUUUAUAGAAAUUAUAUGCUGUUUAUAUAAAAAAAUACCAAGUCACUUUUUGUAACAAAGUACAGCAUUUAGUAAAGAAGGGAAAUCUGCUUUCCUUUUUUUUUUUUUU